AUGAACAUCGAUCAGCAAAAAGUGAACGAAAUAUUUCAAAGCUCAAAGGAAAAACUACAAGGUGAUGCGAAGGUAGUAAGCGAUGCUUUCAAGGAAAUGGCAAGUAAAGAUGAGAACGGUAAUGUUGUUAACACUAGUGAUGAAACUGAAAGGCCCGACUACCAAGAGCAAUACAAUAAAUUGAAAGGCGCUGGACACAAGAAAGAAUAA